GAAGAAUGUAAAUGCACUUUUGUUUUACAUUUACCCUAUUUUAGUUCAAAAUAUGUUACAAUCCACUAAAGUCUAGAUUUAAACAAAAAAUUACCUCCCAACUGAACAGUUUUUGUCAAUCAUUGAAAACAUUUUGAUAUGAAUGAAUUAGUUGAAUGAUUUCAUGAUCACUUUUGUUUAACAAGAAACAUAAAAUACAUGGAUUUGGAUCCUAUACCUCUUGCUUAUCAUGUAAUUGCCGGUAUCGUUGAUAUAAGUGGAACAAUAUGCAAUAUAUUCACACUGAUUUUUAUAUCAUUCACGCAUUUAGGCUCACGAACUGCUACAAUACUCUUUCGUACACAGUGUAGUUUUGAUGGGUUAACAUGCUUUUUCGCAGCUAUCUCAUUAUUUUCUUCACCUCAUAUUACUAAUUUCACUGGUUGGUUUGCUGUAUUCAUUUGUCAUGUAUGGAUUUCAGAGUAUUUUUUCAAGUUUAUCGAAUUAUUAAAUGUAUCCAAUUUAAUGUGGAUUAGUAUUGAUCGACUUUUUGCUGUUUAUCUAAGAUCAAGUUAUAAAACUUUUCAAAAAAUUGAACCAUUUAUCUGUUAUACAUUUAUAUUAUGUCAUGCAAUAAUCACUCCUUUACCGGUAGUAUUUACAGUAAAUUAUACGAAUGGGACUUGUACACGCAAAGGAGAAAAUACUAAUCCAGCAUACGAACAAUUUUCUGUUUAUUCCUGGUUAAUAUUUGCUUACUUAAUCCCAUCAAUUACAAUGGUCAUUUGUUAUUCUCAUGUAUAUUAUUUCAUUCAAAAAUCACUCGCACAAUCUCGAUCUACUCAACAGGAAACAUACACUACUGAAAUCAUAAAACAAUCCAUGAAUACUGUGAAAUCAUCACAACAAAAAUGCUCAUCAUCAUCAAUAUCAUCAGCAGUAUCAACCUCUUCGUCAAUUAGUCAAAUCAAAUCAGUUCUCUUAAGUAUUACAAUUAUGUGUACCUUAUUUGUUUUAAGUCAUUCUUAUUAUCAUAUCUAUUCACUAGCUGGUUUAUAUGGAGCAAUACAAUAUGAGACAAUAUCAAUACAAAGACGAUUAGCAGUAUUUUUUACAGUCAUUAAAAGUUCUUUAAAUCCAGUAAUUUUGCUUGUUUCAAGUCAACAAUUAAGAAAAAAACUUAUUAAAGCCUAUUACAAGUUCAGUUAUCGAAUGAAAUUAUCAAAAAAAUUUUAUCCAUCUGCAAAUACAAUUGAAACAAGUAUGAAGUCUAAUGAUAAUCAAGAUUAAAGUUAAGGUAAAUGAACUGAGAAACGGUAAUUAGCAUUAUUCAUUUCUCCAUCAUAAUUAGUUUCUAAAUUUCUUCUACUUCAAACAGUUUGUUUUAAUACUAACAUUACUAUUGAAACUACUGAAUUCAGUAAAGGCAAAACUAACGUUCCUUUGAUAUUUUCCAGGACUAAUGUUUCUACCUGAUAGACUAGAAGAUUUUUGAAGCGUAAAAGAUGAAAACAAUUUUUGAUUCAUCCUAUAAUUUGUUAGAAUUAUACUUGAAUUAUUUUUAUGUCUGUAUCGAGUUGUUUUAAACGUAUGUUUUUGAAAUAUUUCCAAGGUCAUCACCAUUGGUCACUUUGCUCUUAUCAAACUUAGUUUCUCAUCAUUAUGCACAAUAUCUAAGUUUAAAAUAAGUUUAUAGAACUAUUGAUAAGAUAUGUGACUCAUUCACAAUACCGUUCUAUAUUUUGAAUUGUAAAGUAGUUGUUGUUGUACAGUAUCUUGAUUUUAGAUGUACUCAUACAUUAUUCGAAAGUAAUGGAGCUAAGAUUUAUACACACUUUCUAAUACAGAACUCAAAUUACAUUAACCUCGAUCCUACUGACUUCAUGAGUUCCAAGUCAAGCAAAAUGUGAUCUCACCCUCUUGACUACAACCGAAUAAUGUCAUUCUUUCGAAAAAAUUAGUUCCUUUUGAGAUUUAUGGAUACAGUAAUUAAAGACCACAGUUUAAAUAAAAAAUGAUACAUUUUC